AUUUCCACACACUGAAUGAAGAUGUUUGGAUGUGUGAAAAGUAGGUCUUGUUAUUGUCGGCGAUGCAUCCCCGCGGCGUGAUACUCGGCGCUCAGCGGAGGGUGAGGCGGCUCCGCGACUCGCUGACGCCAGGCCGAGCAGACCCAAGACAGGCAGAGAGAGCCCAGAGGAGGACAGAGAGAGAGAGAGAGCGAGAGAGAGAGAGAGGAGGCACAGCAGCAGGGAGAGGAAAGUGACUGUCAAGAGGAUCUGAUCUCACAUCUUGGAAGCUGAGGUUUAUCGGAAAGUCCAAAAACACAAAGCGUUUUACCCUUUUUUUUUUCUAAGACUGGACUGUCCAUCACCGCUGCUCACAGUUCCUUUGGACAGAAGGGAGAGGGGAGGAGGGCGGCUCGUCCAACAUGAACGUAACCUCACUCUUCUCCUUCACCAGCCCGGCAGUCAAACGGCUGCUGGGUUGGAAGCAGGGAGACGAGGAAGAAAAGUGGGCGGAAAAGGCUGUGGAUGCUCUGGUUAAGAAACUGAAAAAGAAGAAGGGGGCCAUGGAGGAGCUGGAGAGGGCCCUCAGCUGCCCGGGUCAGCCCAGUAACUGCGUGACAAUCCCCCGCUCCCUGGAUGGACGGCUGCAGGUGUCCCACAGGAAAGGUCUGCCGCAUGUCAUUUACUGUCGGGUGUGGCGCUGGCCCGACCUGCAGUCCCACCAUGAGCUGAAGGCCCUGGAGUGCUGCGAGUACCCCUUUGGCUCCAAACAGAAGGAUGUGUGUAUCAACCCCUACCACUACAAACGAGUAGACAGUCCAGUGCUGCCUCCUGUGUUGGUACCGAGGAACAGCGAGUUCAAUGCCAAGCAUACGAUGUUGCCCCGCUUCCGCAACCCUCUACAACAAAACGAGCCGCACAUGCCGCAGAAUGCCACCUUCCCAGAAUCCUUUCCUCAGGCCAACACAAUGCCCCCCAAUUUCCCCCAUUCACCAGGAAACAGCUACCCAAACUCCCCGGGAAGCGGCAGCAGCGCCACCUUCCCUCAUUCACCAUCCAGCUCCGACCCCGGCAGUCCAUUCCAGAUGCCAGAGACUCCCCCUCCUGCCUACAUGCCCCCAGAGGAGCAGAUGUCUCAGGAUUGCCCUCAGCCAAUGGACACCAACCUCAUGGCUCCACCCUUGCCUCUAGAGAGUAACAACCGGGCAGUCGAUGUGCAGCCCGUGGCCUACGAGGAACCGAAGCACUGGUGCUCUAUUGUUUACUACGAGCUCAACAAUCGCGUCGGAGAGGCGUUCCAGGCGUCCUCCACCAGCGUGCUCGUCGAUGGCUUCACAGAUCCCUCCAACAACCGCAACCGAUUCUGCCUCGGCCUGCUCUCCAACGUCAACCGCAACUCCACCAUUGAGAACACCCGGCGGCACAUCGGCAAAGGUGUCCAUCUGUACUAUGUUGGCGGGGAAGUGUAUGCAGAAUGUCUGAGUGAUAGCAGUAUCUUCGUCCAGAGUCGUAACUGUAACUACCACCAUGGCUUCCAUCCCACGACUGUGUGUAAGAUCCCCAGCGGCUGCAGCCUGAAGAUUUUCAACAACCAGGAGUUUGCUGAGCUGCUGGCGCAGUCCGUCAACCACGGCUUUGAGGCCGUUUAUGAGCUCACCAAGAUGUGUACCAUCCGCAUGAGCUUUGUUAAGGGCUGGGGAGCAGAGUACCACCGCCAGGACGUGACCAGCACACCCUGCUGGAUUGAGAUUCACCUGCAUGGUCCCCUGCAGUGGUUGGAUAAGGUGCUAACCCAGAUGGGCUCCCCCCACAACCCUAUAUCCUCCGUCUCCUAGGCUUCACUGUCCUCAGCCCUGUGGCUGUCCGUACCCCAGCAUUUUGGUCUAAGCAGUGGAAAAAAAAAGAAAGGGUCACAGAUUGGCUUGUGGUUCGGCCAAUCAGAGUUUUCCGGUAAACUGAAACACAAGCUGACCUGAGACCAUAAGGGCUGGGUGGGUUGGUUUGUUCUCUACUUGAAGGAUGUCUGAAUUGGGCACAUUUGCAGUCUGGGAGAGGAGUAAGCAAAGUGAGCGUGAUGCAACUGGAAGAUACUUGAUCUUUGUGACCAACUGUAAUAAUUAGACCAUCACACUCAUCAUGACGCAAGUAUUCUCCCUGAUCUUGCUCCCACGGUGUCUCUUUUUCAUUGUUCUAUUAUUCUGACUCAUUACUAGUCCGCAUCUAAAUAUUCCCUCUGAAAUCCAGAUAUACUUGUAUAGCUACAAUAAUUAUGGGACAUUCCAGGUCACCGAAAUUGGCGUCAGUUGCUGCCUACCGCCUGACUGCCGUGAAGCUGGCAUGAAAUGUACUUUAGGACAUGUAAAAAGUUAGCAGGGACUUGGAGGCUGACCAAGAUUACUGAAUUUUUUAAAAUCAUCUUCAAGAUACUUAAAAAAAAGUAUGCCGUUUUCCUCAAAGUGUUCCUUUUUUUAAGGGUAAUAAAUUAAAGCAGUACAAAGUUGUUUUAAAAAAAAAUAAUAAAAUCCCAUAUCACAGAUCAUAAAAAAAUAACAGGAGGGCAAAAUUAGGGAGAGUUUGAGAGUUUAGAGUGGGUUGUAGUGUGGGGCAUGGCACUAAAAGGGCAUUUCAGACUAUUCAGAAGAAAAAAAGACUAAUGUGUAAAUGUUGCUCAUCUUAUGUUACACUCGUGUUUCAAAUGAAUUUUACGAGAAAAAAAAUAGUGUUUAGGUAUAUUCACUAUUAGAGUAUGUGCUGUGCAGUCUGGUUUUUUGCAAAGCAUAGUUUGAUUAGUGUAGUGUUACACAUUUAAGACUGGUAGCUAAACACCACGUGAAGCAGAGGCAAAAAAAUACGAGUGCAGUUGAGUUUGUCCCUUGUUGUAAAAAGCAAAAUCAAAUGUGUCAAAUGCGGAGUCACAUUGAGGACAUGAAUAUUUCAGUGACUGCGCUACAUUCUCUGAUUACAUUGACUGAGCAAAACGCGUUAAAUGACUGUUAUGGGAAAAUGUUGAGCAUUCAAAUUUUAAUUGUUGACUGAGAAAAGGGGAUCAGUUACUGAUGUCCCUGUAUGAUUUCUUUUUUUAAUAAAAUGCAGAUUUUUUUGCCCUUCAAUUCUUUUAUGCUUUGAGAAAUCCUCUUGGCUAUUAAACUGUAUUACUCUUUACAUUCUUUUUGUAUUUUUUGAACGUUUCUGUUUUGUUUGUCUGCACUUUCACACGUUGCAUUUUUGUUUUUUUUUUCUCCUUUGUGUUUUUGCUCAGUAAAACUCCCAGAAAAGCAGUUUUAUUCCAUGAAUAUCAAGCCUCUACUGGAAGAUUCAAUAAAUUU